AUGUCUGCCAUUUUUGUUGCUUAUAGGUCAGCGCUGGUAUUGCGUACCGUUGUUCCCAGGUCGGCUAGUGCUUUUGCCCUGAAAAGUAUCACUUGUUCUUCAUCUCAUUUUCUUUCAUAUUCCAAUUUUAUCAGAUUAUACUCAUCAGGCAAAUUCCCACCACACACCGUUAUUCACAUGCCUGCCUUGUCGCCAACUAUGACUCAAGGUAAUCUUCAACUGUGGUCGAAAAAAGUUGGUGACCAGUUGUCUCCUGGUGAGGCAAUUGCUGAAAUUGAAACCGAUAAAGCAUCUAUGGACUUUGAAUUUCAAGAAGACGGAUACUUGGCAAAGAUCUUGGUUGGCGAUGGCUCAAAGGAUAUUCCUGUAGGCCAACCUAUUGCUGUUUACGUUGAAGAAGCAGACGAAGUUCCAGCUUUUGAAAAUUUCACCGCUGCCGAUGCUGGUGCCGUGCCUGCUGAAGACAAAAAGGAACCAGAAACAAAACCAAAGGAAGAAUUAGAGCAGAAAGAGGACUCUUCAAAAUCGUCAAAACCGGCAACAACAACAUCAACCAGCUCAUCAUCCUCGGCACCACCAACUAAUAGAAUUUUUGCAUCUCCACUUGCAAAGACAAUUGCCUUGGAAAAGGGUAUCUCUUUGAAAGGAGUUAAAGGUUCGGGUCCUCAUGGUAGAAUUGUGGCCAAAGAUCUUGAAGGCCUUGAAGCUAAAGCUUCAACAACUUCCGCUCCAGAAACUGCUGCUGCUACCACCACUACUACUUCGACCGCUUCUACUGCUACUGCUACUGCUACUGCUACUACUGCUGGGGGUUAUGAAGAUAUUCCAUUAACAAGCAUGAGAAAGACUAUUGCUACUAGAUUAUUGCAAUCAACUCAACAAUUACCAACUUACAUCAUUCAAUCACAAAUUUCUGUUUCCAAGCUUUUGAAAUUACGUGCUUCACUUAAUGCAUCAGCCGAGGAUAGAUAUAGAUUGUCUGUUAACGACUUGUUGAUCAAAGCCGUUGCAAUUGCAUCCACCAGAGUUCCACAGGUAAACUCUGCUUGGUUAGGCGAUCAAGGUAUAAUCAGACAAUAUUCUAAUGUAGAUGUUUCAGUUGCAGUUGCUACGCCAACUGGUUUAAUCACACCAAUCAUCAAAGAUGCCCAGAAUAAAGGCUUAUCACGAAUUUCUCACGAGAUAAAGGAUUUGGGUAAGAGAGCCAAAAUUGGUAAAUUGAAACCAGAAGAGUUCCAAGGUGGUACUAUUUGUAUUUCCAAUUUAGGUAUGAACCAUGCAGUUACUGCUUUUACUUCAAUCAUCAACCCUCCACAAUCGGCAAUUUUGGCUGUUGGUACUACUGAGAAAAAGGCCGUUCCAAGCGAUGUAAAUGAACAAGGAUUCAUCUUUGAUGAUGUAAUAACAAUCACCGGUACUUUUGAUCACAGAGUUAUUGAUGGUGCUCUUGGUGGUGAAUGGAUUAAGGAGUUGAAAAGAAUCAUUGAAAAUCCAUUGGAAAUGUUGAUCUAA